AUGGGAGCUGGAGCGGUCAUAGAGCCUCUGGUGGUUAUUGUUCUCUUGUUUGGAGGUACCUGGAUUAACCGCUCUGUCGGAUCAUCCUCGACUCGACGCUACAGCCGACGGAACUCGAACCUUCGACGAGCUGAUUCAUCUGAUUCUCUGGAGUCGGGAUACUCAAGCCAAUCGACCAAGGAUGGCCUCCUAGGCUCUCGAUCCCACUCACCACAAGCCCCAGAAAAUGGAUGGCACAAGCGACAGGUUGGACUCCUGGGCUUGAAUUUUGAGGUGUCAUCGCCAAAUACUAUCGUGUUUCAAGACCGCUUGCUCAGUCGGUUGCUACGCAAAUUCCCUUUUUUGGUGGAAUGUUGGUAUUGGGCUUUAGUCUACUGGACGUACCAGCUUGGUCGGGCUUUUACCGCUGUGACUCUCAAGGAGGAUACCGUCGACGUCGCCAGGAGACAUGCAUUGCAACUAAUCGUGAUUGAGGAGCAUCUGGGUAUGUUCUGGGAGACAUCGAUCCAGCGACACUUCCUUCAUCACCCCCUUGUCAUGUCUUGGAUCAACUGGAUAUACUCCUUCAUACACAUUCCUGGGACAAUCGCAUUUCUCGUCUGGCUCUACUACUAUACUACCGUGCGGAAUCGGAUCGACGAGGCUCAGCCCGGAAAGCCUAAGGGUGCUGUGAGCGGGUCGCCUGCAGGGCCUCUCUUAUACCAAGCGCGCCGGCGGACAUUGGCCGUGUGCAAUCUUCUCGCAUUCGUGGUCUUCACUCUUUGGCCUUGCAUGCCACCUCGGUUACUGAGUGACCCAACCGUGGAUGGUGAAGAGGCGGAUCUCGCCCGCAGUUAUGGGUUCGUGGACACGGUGCAUGGGGUCAAUGGAUCGGGCAGUGUUUGGACGGAGAACCGUUUCUCGGCAAUGCCUUCCUUGCAUUUCGGCUAUUCUUUAAUGAUCGGCCUCACGCUGAUAACAAUCCCUUUACCACAGCACCACCGGCGCACAAUCCUGCGUUCUCGGCUGACCCUUUCCCUAAGACUAAACCUCCCGUCAUGGCAGCGCCUUGUUUGUGUCACACUCGGCUUCCUAUAUCCGUUUACCAUCCUUGUGGCUAUUGUUGCCACAGCCAACCAUUUUAUUCUGGAUGCUGUCGCGGGAGCCGUUGUAUGUGCCUUAGGGUGGCAUUUUAAUGGGGUACUGCUCAACCUGUUGCCACUGGAAGACUACUUCCUUUGCCUCGUCCGGAUCCAUAAGCCGGAACCAUCACUUUUGGAUGUCCCUGAAGAGGAUCUCCCCACGAGUGAAACCGCUUCAGAACAUGCUCGCAUCUGA